ACAGUGUUAUGGCAGGAAUGGGCACUGGCCAACAUCUCUUCUAACGUUCAAGAAAUGGGCUGUCACUGGGUCUUUAUAAGCUGACCCCAGUAUUAUGUAACACUAUCAAUGCACGAUACAAGAAAGCAGUAACAGGAGGGGACAGAAAAGACUUCUGGAGACCACAUAUCAAAGGAACUGAUCCCAAGGUAUAUUAAAAAAAGGCCAUAAUGUCUUUGAAAGAGAUGGGCAUUUUUGUACUAUACUUUGUAUUUCUCACCGUAUCUCUGGCACAAGAAGAUCUCAAUGGAAAAGUCUUCCUUUUUCCCGAACGAGGUGUCAGCUCACAUGUAAUCCUGAAGCCAGAGCUGAAAAAUGACUUAAACAAACUCACCGUUUGCCUGCAAUAUUACACAUCUCUAGCACGAGGCUAUGCUCUUUUCUCAUUGGCUACACGUGAAGCUAACAACGCCUUUCGCAUUUACCCAAGUCCACCAAACUUUUGCUCUGUUUACAUAAAUAAGGAAGAAUACAAGUUUACUGUAGAUGUACACUCCCUAGACUGGACCCACAUCUGUGCGAGCUGGGACUCCCGUACAGGGGAAAUUCAGCUUUGGGUCAACGGCAAAUUGUAUCCUAGACGGGUGUGCAGUAAGAUAGGAUUUGUUCUCAAGUCGGAAACAAGCAUAAUAUUAGGGCAAGACCAAGACUCAUUUGGUGGAGGAUUUAUUGAAAAGCAAUCAUUUGUAGGGGAAAUAAGUAGCGUCAAUAUGUGGGAUUAUGUUCUGUCGGCUGAAAACAUGCGGAAGACUGUGCUUGAUAAGACUGUCAGUGGAAACGUCAUUGGAUGGAAUGCCCUGCAGUAUGAGAAAAAAGGGAGAGUUUCUGUCCUGCCUCAGUUGCAGUGCAAGUUUUGGGAUAAGACCUACAUCUCCUACUCACAGUGCUCUAAUACAAACAAGUAAUAAGGGGUCUAUCCAUCAUCACUUCAUGUAAAUAAAGAAGGUGAAAACUAACAUUUUUACCUACCUUAAAAAAAAAAGUCUCAGUGCCAUUCAUUAAAAAUGUAAUGCAGAAGAUAGCAUAGAUAUCUUCUGCUUACCUUUCACUCCCGAUAUGGACAACUGUCAAGCUUAACUGUGGGAAACAUGCUCCAUCUCCAGAUGGCGUUUGUUCCUUGAGCGAGCUCCUUCCCUAUGGGAAGAAGUCCUGGUUGCAAAGAGGGCUCCAUUCAGAUCUCUCCGCCACUUCUCGGCUCCUUCCGCCGGAGCUCACGCAUGAGUGAACCCACGGUCACGCAUAUGCAGAAACAUUGUUGAGGUCAUACUCAGCAGUGCUACGUUUCACCACAAUUUCCAAUAAUUUGUGGGGACAGCUGAUUUUGUGAUCUGCUGUCUCCGCGCCGAAGCAAUGAUGAAUUGCUCUGGCACUCGGCAGCAAACGCAAAAUGUAUCGGUCCCCGAUAAUUAGCAUAAUGAAUAUACCCUUAAGCCACCAAGUUUGCAUAAAGCAGAAUAGUUAAAAAAAAAAUCUACAGAACUGUAAUGCUUUUGCAAUAUGUAGAUUGGUGCAUUUGAUAUAAAUGCAACUUUUCCAUUGUUUUAAACGUAAAUUAAUAGAUUUCUUAGCAUAAUGCAAUAAUAUCUGGAGCAUGCAGUAAGGCAUAUUAUAACUGCUUUAUAAAGAUGUUAAAUUCAGCUUUUGAAAAUGUAAUCUACAAAGACGCACACAAAGGAUGUAAUUUGUAAUUGCUUUAAAUACCUGUGAUAACAAAUAUACUAGCUUCUUAUUAAUAUACACAAUGCAGAAUCAUUGCUAAGGGGCCUAAUUCUGACCGCAAAAGCAAAAUAUUUCUCUAAUGGACAAAAAACACACAGCCGCUCUGAACAAAAAUGGCUGCCGACCACCUGACAGUGCAGGCAGGGGUCAACCAUAGAUCCGAUGCGUUCGCAAUUAGAUUGCGGAUGCAUCGGGGGGG